AUGCUUUACACCCUCCCCACUUUCGAGUUCAGCAACCCCUGGUCUCUCCCCUACCUCUUCCCGACCAUCCCAUUAGAACACUGGCGGUCAAUCCGCGCCGUCGAACUCCGCUGGUCAUUCCCGGGCCACUGGCUCCCAAGCAAAGACUCCGUGCGCGCGGUGUACGUCUCCGCGGGCCGGGCGCAAUGGCAAGAGACGUGCGGGGCUCUGGUGCAAAUUAAUGCACUACGAAGCUUCGUGCUUGUCUUGAACAGUACGUGGUUUAGCGAAGGAGCUGGGAAAUUGGUAGGGUUUUUAGAGCCGUUGACUGGGUUGGUCGUGAGGCCGCAGGAGCAGGAUGGAUGGGUCCCGGGGUGGGUAUAG